AUGUUUCGCAACAACUACGAUAACGAUUCAGUCACAUUCUCGCCCCAGGGCCGAAUAUUCCAGAUUGAAUAUGCUGCCGAAGCUGUCAAGCAAGGUUCGGUAGUUGUUGGCAUUGUCAGCAAGACCCAUGCCGUUCUCUGCGCCGUCAAGCGCAACGCCGAAGAGCUCUCAUCAUACCAAAAGAAGCUGUUCAACAUUGACGAGCAUGCCGGCAUCGCCAUUGCCGGCCUCACAUCCGACGCCCGCGUCCUCUCCAAUUUCAUGAAGCAGCAGUGCCUAGGCCACCGCCUCACCUACGGGCGUGCCAUGCCCCUGCGCACCCUCGUCGGCAUGAUUGGCGACAAGGCGCAGACCAACACGCAACAGUACGGCAAGCGGCCCUAUGGUGUCGGACUGCUCAUUGCCGGUGUUGACGAGACGGGCCCGCAUCUCUUUGAAUUUCAGCCCUCGGGCAUGACGGAGGAGAUGUCGGCCUUUGCCAUUGGCGCCCGCAGCCAGAUGGCCCGCACAUACCUCGAGCGCCACGUCGACUCGUUUGCAGACUGCUCCCGCGAGGAGCUCGUCCAGCACGGCCUGCGCGCCCUCCGCGAGAGCCUCGUGCAGGACAAGGAGCUGACGGUCGACAACACCUCGGUCGGGCUCGUAGGCGUCCGCGCCGAGGGCGCCAAGGGCAUCGAGCAGUUUAAGCUCUACGACGAGUACGAUGUCAAGGAAUGGAUUGAUCGCGUCGGCGAGAGCCAAGGUGGCAUGGAGGUGGACGGUUAA